AUGUUUGUUCUCGACGCACAGCUUCUUGUGGAUGCCGUGGUCUCGAAGUCAAAAGAGAUGAAGAGCUUGGAAGAGGAGUCGCAGAAACUGGCCCAGUUUGUCACCUCCGGCGAGAUCGCUCGUGUCAAGGCCCGGUUGACCCAAAUAUCCAGGCAGUGGGAAGAUCUCCAUCAACGCAGCCAGGAGCUGGGCAGCGAACUGCAGAACCAAGUCUCCCUGCACCAAAAACACGAUAAGGCCCUCAAAAAGGUUCAGCAGUCACUGAUGGACAUAGAGGCCACCUUGAUGGGGAGAAGCAACAAAUGCUCCUCUGCAGAGGAAGCUAAUCGGCUGAUACAGGCACACCAGGAGUUCUGUCAGACCAUUGAGCAGAUAAAGACCCCAAUGGCGUCGCUCUCAACAACUGUCCGCAGAGUCAGCAACAAGGACGAAGCUGCUCAGGAACUGAACGCUCUGCAGCAGAAGUACGAGAGGGUGCAAGAUCAGGCCCAGCAAGUACAGGUGGUGCUGGAAGACCUGUUGUUGCUCUGGCAGAAGUAUGAGAAGGACCUGUCCAGUUUUGUCUCCUGGCUUGAAAGGCAUGAGACAAUCACAAGCUCCUGGUCUCCCUACCUCCCUUCUGACCAAGCCAAGCUGCAAAAUGAAGUGCACGCUCUGAAGGUUGAAGCCAUCGUCCUCAUCAUUGUUCCUGGCCGAUACAGCUCCCGAAAUGAGUUCAUUAGCAGUACAUAUAUCAAAUUUGAGUUUCUGAUAACUGUAGUGAAUAAUUCAAAUGCCAUGGAAUGUUCUGAAUAA